CGGCACCGCCGCCGCCGUGUGCCCGCGGCGCUCCCGCCGCCGCCUGAGGCGCUCCCGCCGCCCCCGCCUCCUCUCCCGCGCCCGCCGCCAUGACCGAGGAGCCGUACGAGAAGUUCCUGACCCCCGAGGAGCCGUGCCCGCUGCUCUCGCACCAGCACCCGCCGCGGGGCGGCAGCUUGAGCCUGAGCGAGGAGGGCUGCCUGGACGUCAGCGAUUUCGGCUGCCAGCUCUCCUCCUGCCACCGCACCGACCCGCUGCACCGCUUCCACUCCAACAGGUGGAACUUGACGUCUUGUGGGACGAGYGUGGCCAGCUCGGAGUGCAGCGAGGAGCUGUUCUCAUCAGUGUCUGUGGGGGAUCAGGAUGAUUGUUACUCUCUGCUGGAUGACCAGGAGUUCACCUCUUUCGAUCUGUUCCCUGAGGGCAGUGUCUGCAGUGAUGUCUCCUCUUCUAUCAGCACAUACUGGGAUUGGUCGGACAGUGAGUUUGAGUGGCAGUUGCCUGGCAGCGACAUUACAAGUGGGAGUGAUGUGCUUUCUGAUGUUAUACCAAGUAUUCCGAGCUCUCCCUGUCUGCUUCCCAAGAAGAAAAACAAACAUAGGAAUCUUGAUGAACUUCCAUGGAGUGCGAUGACAAAUGAUGARCAGGUUGAAUAUAUUGAAUAUUUGAGUCGCAAAGUCAGUACAGAGAUGGGCCUUCGAGAGCAACUUGAUAUUAUUAAAAUUAUUGAUCCUACUGCUCAGAUCUCACCUACGGAUAGUGAAUUCAUUAUUGAAUUGAACUGUCUCACCGAUGAGAAGCUGAAACAGGUGAGAAACUAUAUCAAGGAGCACGGACCUCGCCAGCGGUCUGCAAGGGAGAGCUGGAAGAGGAGCAGCUACAGCUGUGCCAGUACCAGUGGUGUGAGUGGUGCCAGUGCCAGCAGCAGCAGUGCCAGCAUGGUCAGCUCAGCCAGCAGCAGCGGCUCCAGCGUUGCCAACUCYGCUUCAAACUCCAGUGCCAACAUGAGUCGAGCACACAGCGACAGCAAUUUGUCCACAAGUGCUGCAGAAAGAAUCCGGGAUUCAAAAAAACGUUCCAAGCAACGGAAACUCCAGCAAAAGGCCUUACGGAAGAGACAACUGAAAGAACAAAGACAAGCUCGUAAGGAAAGACUGAGUGGAUUAUUUCUUAAUGAAGAAGUACUGUCUUUAAAAGUGACUGAGGAGGACCAUGAAGGAGAUGUGGAUGUUUUAAUGUGACAGGGGUGAAUUUAUCAGUGUUCUUUCUAAGCCUUAAAUGUAUUAUCYUUAUUGUUUACAUAUAUUUCUUGACCAAAUUUUGAUUAGUGUUAACAAUAUAAACCRGAUCUUUUCUCAAGUGUAAUUUUGCUAAGAAGGUCUAAGUAUUGAGUAACUUCAGCUUUUUGAGACUAAUUUUGCAACAAAGRAUUCAGAAACUUCUCUGUCUUCUGAAAAGCUGCUGAAUAGAUAYAAUUUUAAGGAAAUUUGAACUUGACUAACAUGCUAACUUACUUGCAUGUAAGUCUAGGGGUGCUUUUGGAUGACACAAAGCAUGCAUUACUAUGCUUCAGCUUUUUUGGUUUUUUCCAACUUAGCGUUACAUUUAACUUGCUCUGUCUUCCUUUCCCAUUAUUAGGAAGACUUCUUAGCAUGAGAAAAAACGUUUUGUUUGAUGGGGUUUUCUUCKGCCUUACUGUUGAUUUCUACAAAGUUGAAGUACGGUUGAUACUUUUCUAAAAGUUGCAGUUUAACUCAAACUACAAAAAUGGGAAGCAGAGCAUCUGAUACAGAGAAUCUCUAACACAAACACUGCCUAAUAAUGUAGUUCCUAGGAAGCAACUAAAAUCUGAAAAAAACCCAAAAUAAUUGCAGGCUUAGUCUUCAGAAGGUUAUUUUGCUGCUCAAUAUCUUAUGAUUAUUACUAAUGSGUCAGCACUACAUCCUAGUAUUUCUGUGAAAAGAUUCCAAUAAAAACACAUUUAUGCAUUGAAAAUACACUAAUCUGCAAUUAAAUUGUCUAUGACACUACGUAAAUUAGUUAAAAAAACUACUGARAACAGAAGUGCAAACAAGUGACAUACAACUUCAGUGGUUUUCUUCCCCAGAAGCAUGUCUAAAUAGAUUCAUAUUGUUGACAGGAGACCUUAAUUAAUGCAGCUGUACUUUUUCAAUUGUAUGUUUAGCUGAGGUUGUCUUCUGUGUGGGUCGUUACAGCAUGACAUGUAUCCAACUUCUUCUAUUGUCUAUCAGCUUUUGAAAUUACUCUUGAUAAGAAAAUGAGGUAAAAUUGUGGCUUUCAGGUAGAGAAGUAAUAGUACUUCCAAUCUGUUUCCUGAUUCUGACAAUCUUUAGGUGACUUUUAUCUUUAUUUUGGAACUACUUUUAUAGAACUCCUUUCCCCAUGGCUGAGAUAAAAAUGAUCCUUCUAAAUUUGGAUGUGAAACUUUAAAGAUUAUGAGUUCUGAGUUUAGGAAAUAAUUUUUUAUUAUYCUGAUACUUCAUUAAUUUUGCUCUUGAAUUAAGGACUUUGACAGUUUAGUGUGGCCACAGGUGUCUGUAAUGGCAGCAUAUAGCCCAGUCCUGCAGAAUGCAUGAUCAGCUUUAGGGCUACUGACAUUAAUGUUCAAUGUCCUGCACAGACUCAUUAGCCCUGACAGCUGAAGUAUUUUUCUUUCAGGAAUGGCAUGCGUUUUAGCCUCAAAAUUAACUGAACAGUAAAAUAGCUGAACCCUCUGAAAGGGUUUUUAUAAGGAAAAAAUGAGGUCCAUAGUCCUAGUAUGUGUGAACUGAUUGCUGCUCUACAACAGGUACCCWGGCUUGGCCAAUGACUGACUAAAAGCCAGGUAAUGUCAUCUUUAGCUCAUGUUUGCUAUCCCCUAUGGCCAGGUAUUUGUCCACUAACCACAAGUGUCUGUUAAUUGGUUGUAUUGCUCUAUUCUSUAUAAUCAAUACUGAAAACUUCUUAACAGUAUACAUUUUAUUGGGAAUUUAGAUUGRCUUAAAACUGGGGCUUCUUUUAAAUAUCUUGUAUGAAAGAUAAAAUUUAAUUGCUGUCAAUUUGGCUGAUUUCAGGAUGCAGUUGUUUAACUCUUGCACGGUAAUGGGUGAAUUCAUCAUGAAAUACUUCACCAUGUGUACACUGUCACAGUUCAGUACAACCUUUAUUUUCUGCAGUGACUUUGAAAUGUGAUUGAAUUUUUUUUUCUGAAGAAAAAAGCACACUUAGUACUGUAAUUGAAACUCUGAAGUGAAUUGUAAGAAAGGUGCAAUAUCUCAGUGUGGUGGAGCAUGAAAGUGUGUCACUUUAUUCUGUUUCAGCAGUUAUUCAGAGUUUAAAAUGCUUCAGGUUUUGUUGAGAGAAGACCCCAUCAUUUUGAUGAGGUGCAGUUCAUUCUGGUCACUUGUCUGCUAGCUUCCAGAGAUCAUGAAGUGUGGGAGGAUAGUAUUUCCAUCAUAGUGUAAGCAUGUAAGUAUAAAUUAAUCUAAGUGAUUAGAUSGGUCCAGUUGCUCAUCUGUUGCACUGGUUGAAAAGGUCCUGGGUGCCAGAAUAGCUGAUUGUGCUGUGUUGUCUCCAGCAGGUACUUCAGUCAAGUGUGUGAGAGUUAAAAUAUAGAAGAGAGUGGAUUUCCAGGGAUUCCAUGCUAAUAAUUUAUAGCUCUGUGAUCUCAUAGAUCCAGGAUGCUCAUAAGAAUACAAAGAAUACAAAAUUCUGAAUGUUCUGGUAAGAAUGCAGAAUAACAUUGCUUACCUCGAAUGUUCUUUACUAAGUACUCAGAGAUAUAAUGYUGUCUUUUCCUGAUCUUAGAGAAUCAGGCCUGAAGUGACUGUGGGAUUCAAGAGUUCUCACAUACUUCUACACAUUUGGGUUUUUUUUUCCUUUUGCUUUCUCAUCCUCUGUAGUUCUAGUGACAGACUCAUUUUGUGSUGGGGGAAGGUUUUUUGUCAGAUUCAUGUUUUUCUCUGCAGUGUACUCAAUGCUUACCCAGGAAGACUCCGUCCUUGGAGGUAUUUAAAAGAUAUAUAAAUGUGGCACUUAGAGACAGGGUUUAGUGGUGGGCUUGGCAGUGUUAGAUUUAGGGUUGGAGCUGAUGAACUUAAAAGGACUUUUCCAAUCUAACUCUGAAUUUCUGUGGAACACCCGUGGCAUUAGUCAAACAGUUGGAAUUUCAGUGAAAUCUGGUGUUGCUGACUAAGUUUUGGCCAUUUUGGCUACAGGUGUAACUACUGGGUUCAGAUGAAGAAGAAUAAUAGACUGCKAAAAUAAUGUGUUCUUGUUAAUGUUUUCUUCUUAAAAAAAAUAAAUCCCUGCUUUUUAUUAAUGAAAAAAGUCAAUCUUGAAAGCAACAUAGAGACACCCAGGAAAAAGCUCAGAGUUACAGGACGUCAUGGUACUGAAGCUGUGUCUGUAGGAGCUUUGUACUCUCUGCAAUGUGAAUAUAAUCAAUUUACACKCUGUAAAGGUAACGGUUUGCUUCCAUAGUAACUUUUUAUCUAAAAAGGCUUAGAAGGAGCACUGAAAGUCUCAUUGCUAUAGGACUGUAAACAAGAGAGAGCAUUCUUUUCUAAUAUGAUUUUAAAUAUGAGGAAGAAAGCUGCCUGACAAACUUGGCUGAUUUGUGUGUGUGUAUAUGUAAUGUCAUCUUUUGUUAAAAUACCUAUUUUUUUAAUUGCAAAGCUGAUAAAAAGAUGGUUAUAAUAUGCUCAGUAUGGGGUGCUUACUCAGAAGAGCAAGGAAAGUCUUCGCAAGACUUUCCUGGGCUCAAAUUUUAGUUCUCAUAUUGUGGUUUGAAACCUGUGAAGAUCAUUCUCUGGGGAAAAAACAAACCAACCAACCUGCAUGCAUUUGCAUCAGAGUGCAUAUACAAUACAGAAAGAUAAAAAUGGCAAUAUUUACUGUUCAUCUAUGCUCUUUGGCCUGAAGCCAUUUCUUUUCUCCUAAUACUCUUUCAGCUUUGAAAUCAGUUGAUGCAUUGGUCUAUAAAUAUUAAUAAACCUGACUGUUCUGGGUGCUUUUAAAGUUCAUUCAUAUAAGCCAGAUUUUCAUGGCAAAURUUGUUAGAUUUAUUGGUUUAAUGUUCUUAAGCUUACUGAUCUUGCAAAUCUUGGGCACAGAAAAGUCAACAUGCAGUUGUCCAUUUAAGGACUGCAAAGAUUAGUUUAUUAAUCUAUCAAGAGCAAAUCUUAGUAAAAUUAAAAAUUCGUCUAUUUUGACUAUUAACUGAUGAAUCAUACUUGCAUUCUCUCACAUCUGGCUAAGUCUAAAACAUUUCCAAAUAAAUUCUUCAAUGUAAAAAAAAAAUUGUAAUAUUGAAGCCUUGAAUAUAGUUCAUAACCAAAGCAAGGGGAAGCUGGGGGGGUUGAUUUUUCUUUUCUUUUUCUGGGGGGAGAGAUGAGGGUAUAGAUUAGAGUAUAUGAUACUGCUUAAAAUGAGGGGUUUUUUUUCCCAGGUUCUCUGCUAAUUGUAUUGCUAAAAUGCACUUUUGUAUAGAAAAMCGUUCUCUGUACAUUCUGUAUCUACUUUACACAAUGUUUAUAGAGAUUUUUCUGAAGUUGUGAAGGAUUUACUGAAAGCUCUGAUGCUGUUGACUUCAAGUUUUCAUUGUAUUUGAAAAUAGUUAUGUGCAUAUUGAAGUACAGGUUGGAAUUAAAAUUAAUGAUAUAGCAAAGAUAUUCUGAUCAAACUGUGGUAUCUUCUUCAGAGCAGGGGGAUUCAUAUACAGGACCUGCAGAGUUAUUGUUCAGGCAGAAAAUACAAAUAAAGUGUCACAUCUUAACUGUUCAUGAUGGCAGAAAGCAAACUGGUUCCCCCUAAACUCAAGGUGUUUGUUAUCCACCAGAUCUGACAAGAAUUGUUUCAAAGGGAAGAAGUUAAUCAUUGUGAAUGCUAUAACCCAAGAUCACAUACUUAAAGCUGUCUACCCUUUGUUUUGAUUCCUGUGCCAGAGGUACUUCAUGUAUACAUAUA